CCUGACUUCAGUAGUGGGCGGAGCCUCAGCCUCACGCCUCCUCUCUCCUUUGCUCGUUUGCUCCACCUCUCUGACAUGGCGGAGGUUGCUGCUUUUGCCAAGACUGCGGCUGUUUUCAUGGGGAAAACCGCGGCAGGGGCAGCGAUUUCCUAUUUUGUGAACAAGGCCCUGGGCCGCCUCUCGGCCGAGGAUGAAGAUCUCCAUAAGCAGUUGACGGACAAAUUGCCGGUCAUCGUGGCAGUCUUCGAUGUCGGCAAUCAGCCGCAGGUCUGGGAGAACCAAGCUCUGGCUCCAUGGAUGUGGCAGUUCCGCGACGCGCUGCAGGAGGCUGAGGACGCGCUCGACGAGCUGGAGUACUUGGAUCUGGAGAAGCAAGCCAAAGAUCGGAGAGCUCGAGAAGUCAAAGGUUGGAAGGUGAGAUUAUCCUCCCGUUUACCUGACUUCGGCAGUGGAUUUCGACGGUCCCUCAGUGCUGUUACCACUGGUGGUACUUCAAAGCGUCUGAAGGAUGCUCUGAAGGGAUUAGAUUCAGUCCUUGAUAAUUCAGGAAAUUUCCUCUCCGUCAUCAUGAAUAUCCGUAGUUCUUCGUCUGAUACUCAAGAUCUGGGCAACACACGGGAGACCACGAGGGAGUUAACAACAGCAGCUGUAUUUGGUCGGCAGGAGGAGAAGGGCGAACUGCUGGAAUGGUUGGGUGUUCAUACACCUGCUGAUACUGUAGAUCACAAGCUUUUGGUGUGUGCAAUUGUUGGCGGCGGCGGCAUGGGGAAGACAACCCUUGCCCAGUUUAUUUGCCAAGAUAAGGUGGUUCCGGAUCAUUUUGGUAACAUGAUCGUCUGGGUGCAUGUCUCCAAGCGUUUUGAGCCUAAAGUUUUGGUGAGAAGGAUCUUGGAAUCAAUCAACCGGAACAGUGCUUGCUCGGAGGCUUUGGACUCCCUGCAAUCGGAUCUUACCAAACAGUUGGUGACUAAAAGGUUUUUGCUGGUUUUAGAUGAUGCAUGGGAGGAUAUGGAUGAUGAGAAGUGGGAGCAAUUUUUAGGUCCACUCAGAAAUAAUGCUGUGAUGGGGGGUAGAAUAUUGCUCACGACCCGAAUGAGAUCUGUGGCUCAUGCUGUUAAACGUCAAAUGCGAGAUGGAGUUAAAUGUUUGGAGCUGAAGGCUUUAGAUCAGGAAGACACUCUGAAGCUCUUCAAUCAUCACGCAUUUGGUAAUUCGACCCCCAGUGAUAGGUUGGAUCUUCGAUUGAUAGGUGAGCAGAUUGCCAGAAAGCUCAAAGGAUGUCCUUUCAUAGCAAAAGUUGUUGGUCAGCAACUGAGAGACAACACGGAUCAUAGCAGAUGGAACGCCAUCUUAAAUCAGGAUAUCCACCAAUUUGAUGAAAUUGGGCCUACGAUCACAGAGAUGCUCAAAAUGAGCUACCAAAAUCUUAUGAAGUACAGCUUUGCUUUCGAUACUGCAGCAUAUUUCCUCCUGGCUUCAAGUUUAAGAUGGAAGAGUUGAUUGAGAUGUGGGUGGGUUCAGGGCUGAUACUGCAACGAGAGAAUGGAAUAAAGAACCAGGAAGAUAUUGCUAGGGACAACUUCAACAUUCUGGCACGAAAAUCAUUCUUUUCACUGGUACCAAGAGAACUGCUUGCUGAUCCUUCUGAAGAUUACUAUGUCAUGCAUGAUUUGAUGUACGAAUUGGCACACUCCGUUUCUAGUGAGGAAUGUUCAAGAUUUAAAGAUGGUGACCACCGUGCCGAGGCACAUCGCAUAUCUCCUAAAGUGCGACACUUGUACAUUCAAGGCAUAACUUCUGAAAUUAUCACAAUUAUUUCUCAGUCCAAGAACCUGCGCACUCUGAUAAUAGAAAAUGAGGCAAGCUCCACACAACAGGAACUCAUGUCUGAUCUCAAGAAAUCUAUAAAAGGCAGAACAAGCCUGCGGCUCUUGAAGUUAGAUGGACAGGGUUGGUUUGGCAUGAAUGAUGUUGUUGCGGAACUGAAGCACCUAAGAUACAUCUAUAUGUCAGCUACCGAUGAGCCUAAUCUAUGUAAGCUCUUUAAACUCUGUCAUCUGCAAGUCCUUCGGAUCAUAAAGAUAGACAAAGAGGAAAAAGUGAGCCCCAUUGAUAUUGGUAACCUGCUGAGCUUGCAAAAAUUGGAUAUUCCUAAAAGAGCAUUGUCCACAAUCCCUCACAUUGGAAAAUUGACUAGUCUUCGAGAAUUGAAUGGGUUCAGUGUGAGGAAAAGGGAUGGCCACAAUAUAACUGAGCUGCAGAAUUUAGGGAAGCUCCGGAGAAUCAUUGUUUUUGAUGUCCAAAAUGUCAGCAAUUGCAAUGAAGCUGAUGCUGCUAAAUUGGAUAACAAGAUGGAUAUGAAAGUAUUAUCCUUGAGGUGGUCCCAUGGGCAAGGUGGGAUUGAUGACCAUAUCCUCAAUAAGCUUGUUCCUCACAAAAAUCUCAAGCAUUUAACUAUAUCUCAAUACAAUGGCAUUAAGCCACCAAUGUGGAUUCAAAUUCGCCACCUUUCCAAUUUGGUGCGUCUCGAGCUUGAUGGAUGCAUAGAGUGGGACAGGCUCCCGCCGCUUGGCAGUCUAGGGGCACUGGAGCAUGUUGUUCUUGCACACCUCCCAAAACUGAAAUACAUUGGUAAUUCAUCCCAUGGUUCUAAUGCUUAUGGUUACAGGGAGAAUUGGACAGAAGGAAAUGUUCCUGGCGAAUUGCCUCCCCAUCUGGUUACAUUUGUUGUGAAAGAUUGCCCACAACUUUUGGAGCUACCUAAUCUACCUUUCAGCCUGCAGUUAUUGGGGACAGAUGGAGUUGGAAUGUCUAGUCUGCCUAACAUGUUUGAUUUCAAGAGAUUAGAGCCACAGCUUUCUACACUGCAUAUCAGAUCUUGUGACUUUUUGGUUUCUCUAAAUGGUUGUUUCUUGCAAGAGGAACAUUACAAAGCUCUCAUGGUUUUAAAACUGUUCCAGUGCUGUACCUUGACUUCACUUCCUAAUGCAGCUGAUUUUCGAAGAAUAUCUAAAAUGAAGAUGGUUGAAAUCAUUGACUGUAACAGUUUAUUGUCCUUGGGUGGGAUAGGAGCCCUUUCUUGUCUUCAAGUAUUGAAAAUAGAGCAUUGUAGCAGCCUGAUUAUAUCUUCAUCGUCGAGGCUUCCACGGGCUUCAGUAGAAACUUCUAAUCUGCAGCUUGAAAUGCUUGAAAUUGACGACCAUCAGUUACUAGAUUUGAAUCCAUUAAGGAAUCUGUGCCACACUAAAAGGCUAAUCAUAUCAGGCAGAUCUAAAAUGGAUUUGUUGCCUGAGGGAUGGUUAUUGCAGAAUAUUUCUCACAUGGAGCAUAUAGAAAUAAGCAACGCGGAACUGUUGCGGUCUCUUCCUUCGAAGAUGCAUGAUUUAUAUGCUCUGCGGAGUUUGCUUCUACAUAACACUCAUGUCCUUCAGUCUCUUCCACACAUGCCCCCAAACCUGUGGGUACUUGUUAUAAAUGGUUGUUGCACCGAGUUAUUUGAGCGAUACCAGGUUGGCGGCUCGGAUUGGGGAAAGAUAAACUGGAUCUCUAAAUGUGACAUAUCCAAAGAUGCAUGAUUGGCCUCUGUCCAAUUUUAGACAUUGGGUUGACUUUGAUUGGAUUAAUCUCGAUGGAUGGUAUGUGAUGGUAGAUCUAUUUCAUGUGCAGCAUAAGUAAAAUUUUGCAUGACCUAUGGGGAUACAUUCUACACGUAUGCAUAAAAAUAUUUGGAGCUAAUUAUGUCUCAAUACCAGUGCUUCUCAUGGUGCAACAGUAGAGCGAUGAACUCUGGGGGUCAACGAAACCCCCUGCAACCAGCCUGGGUUCAAAGCCAAGCUCAUUCAUGGUUCAAGGUUUGUUCCCCAAAGAGAGAGCAUAAUGCAAUAAAAUGGAGACGCUGGAAUGCGCUGUCCUGUGGCUGCUAGACAGAAAAUCGUUUCUGAACAUGAGUUUAGUUGCUAUAUACUAUCUAGAGUUCUGGACUUGUCGAACAAUUUAGCUCUGCAUUGUCCGUCGCAGCAUGGAUGAAAUAAGCAGCGAGGACCUCCUUCGAGACUCCAUGUUGGUGGACAGCUGAUGCUACCUUCUGGUUCUCCAUGGAUAGGAGGCGAACCUUCUUCGAGGGAAGAAAGAAGUUCUACUGUCUAUGUCUUUGAACGAUCUGUUUGGCGGAAUUAGAUGGACUGGUGGGAGUAGAAUUGUUUUAUGUUGGGGUAUUAUGCUCUGUACUACUGGAUAAGUGGAUAGCCUGAGAUUCCCCAAGUGUUUUCAACUGGUUAAGUGGUUGACCAAGACAUAACCAUCUUUUGAGGGAUUCCUCUAGUUGAUUUGGGUGGUUCGUUA